AUGUCACAUACCGGACCCCCUCCUCGGUGGCGUAAUUGUCCAAGGAGAGGACAACCUGUAGCAGGUACGGAAAACAUUUAACCACGCAUGGAUUAAACGCGUUAAUCUACGAAACGCUGUUGCUACUAGCUAAAUUGUAUGAUUUACAGAUAUCUUCAUAUAACGUACCUCAGCAUGAAUGUAACUCUUUCUUAAAACUGUGUUUGCAAAUUAAUACAUCACAAACCAAGCAAGAAGCUAAUUUUCCUCUCGUACAGGCAAAGCAUAACACAAGACUUUCUUCACAGUUUUGCAAGCAUGUGCGCCACAUUUAAGUAAUUUCCACACAAAACAAACCAAGUUUGCUUAUUAACGAGAUGCCGAAAUCACUGGUUUAUACUAAUGAACAGUAAAAGCUCAUUACUCUUUUAAGCAAACCGAAAAGUUUUUAGUUGCAGCUAGGGAAACUUCAAUUGUCUAGAUUUCAAAUAGGGUUUGGUUUGAAGUUAUAUGGGCGCACAUUGUUUGGUUAACUUGGCACCUACAUAAGCGGGAGUAAAAGCUAAUUUCUUUCCGACUCCAGUUCAAUCAGGAACAAAAACUUAUUUCGUGAAUAACUUGAUGUUCAUUUGUUUGGCAUUAGAAAUGGCUCAUUUGAGCAGUGCCUCAAUGAUAUGGUAGCGCUGCUCUGAGAGCAUCACGUGUCCAAACAAACUUGGUCAGUAGCAUGAUGGCGCUGGACGCUGUUCAGUGGUCCGUUUCUAUGAAAGACAAUAACGUCUAAAAUUUCUGCAGGGAUCCCUUAACUGGCCAAACCAGUUUUAUCCUCACGGUUGCUUUCUCCCCUAACUGUUGUAUAGACGAAUGAGACAACUUGCGUUGGAGAAACUUCAACAAAUUACGUGGGAAACUAAACUGUCCUCCAACCCCCAGGAUAUUUCACUAUCCUCUCGUUUAUGAUUAUAUUCUUUGUCAACUUCUCUCCCAGGUGUUUUAUCUAUUGUUAAAUUCCAUAGUUGACAAGAUGUGUCAUGUCCCUUCUAACUUCAAACCUGCUACUGUCCAUCCUUGACUGAUAGUUAUUGUAUUUUUAUUGCAGCUUUAUUUAAAGAGAGAGAGAGAGAGAGAGAGAGAGAGAGAGAGAGAGAGAUUAUAUCUAGCUCAAGUUUCCACCUUCUUUGGCUAUUUGUUUUACUCUGUUUUGUGUUUGUUAGGUGCAUAUGACACUUUGCAACUGUUGUCUGUAAAUGAAGUGUAUUUACUUAACUACUUGGUAUUGUUCUAAAGUUUCGAGCUACUUCAAAGCUAAAUUUGUUAAGAGAUCAGUUGCAUUUUUAGACCUGUGUUAUAGUGUUGAUAGGGAGAGAUUGAAGCUGGUGAUUAAAAAGACUGUAAUUUAAAGUAGAGUUCUGUAUGACCUACCAAAGCAACAAGACCAUCAGCAAAACAGUGAACUAUUUCUACAUUUAAUUUUUUCUUGCACACAAGCAGAAAGUAAUACAUUUGACAGUCAAAAGACAGCAGAAUGAGAAUGUUUUAUCAGAAAAUACUACUCGCAUAUAUACAAGACAAAAUUAGCAAAUAUUUGCACAGAGAAAAAUCCGGUUGGGGUAGGCCAGUUAAUUGCAUCCAUGGUCUUGCUGUAACCCCAACUUGGACUACAUUUUGCAUGAGGGGUCACUUCUUUAUUUCUUGUCUUUUCUAUUAUAGGUAAAUUCCUGCCGAUGAAAACAAUGUUGGGUCCUAGAUAUGAUGAGCAAGUUGCAGAGGAGAACAGGUUUCACCCAAGUAUGCUUUCCAACUAUCUGAAAAGCCUAAAAGUAAGUAACUGUUCAGACCCAAAGACUGAGAAACAUUUAAAAACCACAAACCCUCAUCAAGCCUCAUCAUGUCUUUAAAUCUUUUCUGUCUUCCUUAGGUGAAAAUGGGUUUGCUGGUUGACCUGACAAACACUACUCGGUUUUAUGACCGGAACGACAUAGAGAAAGAGGGAAUAAAAUAUGUGAAGCUUCAGUGUAAAGGGUAUGAGCACUUGUUUAUUUACAUUUGUAUGUUAAACUUAACCAAACGUGGUUCAUAUGAUGGUUAUGAAGGAACUAAUGCCUCUAUCAUUUCCUUUGUUCAGUCAUGGAGAAUGCCCUUCAAAAGACACAACUGCAAUGUUCAUCAGGCUCUGUGAACACUUCAUCGAGAAGAAUCCUACAGAAUUGAUAGGUAAGGGAACCAAUGUUUGUGUCAUCUAAGUUCCUUUCCUUUUCUCUUUACAGCUGCACCAAGAUUCAUUCUCACAGAAUUAAACAAUAAAAAAUCAAGUAAGAAAAGCAAGUCAGAAAGAAGAAUUGCAUUUAUGACUCUGAGCAUGUCAAGAGGUUUUGAUCAUGUGGAAUUUGCAGAGAUGAGUAAUAACAUCUGGAACUGUUGUGGUUACCAGGAUACAUAAUGCACUGAUUUGUUUCGGGGAAUUGUCCUCAUUUUCAGGAUGUAAUUUCUCAGAAAUGAAAGCAGAACUUGUCUCUUUCUUGUAUCUUAUAUUUGGACAAAGCAAGCGCUAGAAUAACUACAUGUAGCCAUCUUGUUCCCGCCUCUGAUUUUGCUUUUUUCUGACUUGGUAACUGAAACGCUGGUAGCUCUGAUGUGAUUCCCAGCUUGGACAUCUGACUUCAGAGGUAACUCGAACACAGCAUUAGUUAUGGAGGUCGAAUGUUGUUGCAGAUAUUUUCAUUCACUUGAUCCAAAUCAGCUUUGUUUAAUUUAAAAAGAAAAAUUGUUGAUGCUACAGUUUGGGGGGCCUCUUCACCUGUCUGUGUGUACUUCUGAAAAUCGAAAAUAUGUGACUGAACCCUAUGAUAUGCAUGUAUCAGUCUCCUUGUAGAGAAAUCGGUAGACGUAUAAAAUUAGAGUUUCAAAGUGUAUAAAGGCAGCUAGUGUUGUAAAUUACUUUGAGCUGUAUGUAAUUUGCUUCUUUGAGUGUGUAAUUUGCUGUGAGAGCAGCACCGUAAGAGCCAUGUUCUGAUCAUUUGAAUAUGAUUUUAUAAUUGAUAAUGUACAGUUUUUUGUCAUUUUAUCAUGCACCUCAAAAGCCUUAAAGUCCCACUCCGAUAGUUUUUUUUUUUUUUUACUUCUGAAAGUGUUCUUAGCAGUUUUAAACCGUGAUUAUGAAGUUUUUAGCCAAAAUCACUUUACCUGUGCCAUUUUCAAGGGCUUCUCUUCUGCAGAGCGACGGUAGCUCAUUAGCAAUUUGCCAUUGAGUCGCGGGUGGAGACGGUGCUGCUCUGCACACUCGUCUUCACGUGAGCUUGCAGCCUAACAUUGGCAGUGUAGUAGAAGUGGCAGGUAACAUAGGAGCUAUUAAGCUCUCGGACACUAAUGUCUUUAGGGACGUGAUGAAAGUUUACAUCAUAAUUAGCUUUCUUAUGAGCAUUGCAAUCUGUUAAUGAACACGCUUGUUCUGUGAUAAUCCUCUCUAUUUUCCAAUGGCUAUGUAAGAAAUCUCACUGUGUCUGAACCUGCUGUUUGGGUUUGCUAGAGAUUCACAGCGAGUUGAAUGCAGAAAUACUCCGAAAUGCAAUUUUGCACUCCUUUUUCUCAUGAUAUGUUCUAUAGUAUCAGAAAAAUGCCAUAUGAACAUGUUGACAGCAAGAAAAACAUGAUUUUCAUUGGAGUUGGUCUUUUAAGUGUAAAGCAUAAAAACAACAAAUACAGUUAAAUUGACUGCAGGGCUCCCCUUUAUGUAAAUUAGUGAUGUCACAUGUGAGUACAGGGAACGGUAGAGUGAGACCAGCACUGGGGCAUUUAGUUUUACUCCUUCUCCUGUGUGACGCCACAAACUUUUUGAACAUUCUUUCAUCAAACGUAACAAGACUAGAUGAGAUGUUCUUGAAAUUUGUAAAAGAUGCAAAUGAUGCAACUAUUCUUGAUAACUUAUUCUCAUGUUUCCCAGAGGUUGGAAAGGCUGGAGUCUGUAAAACAAAUAAACAAACAAGAUAAGACUAGAACUUUAUUAAUCCCUGAAAGGAAAUUCAAUAGUAUCAAUUCAAAGCAGCAUGACUAAUGCAGCAUGUAAUCAGAACUGCUCAUCAGAGGGUAGAAAAUAGAGAUGGGAGGUUUCCAAAUGAGUCAGUCGUUUGAGUGGCUCUUUUAAGUGGACCAUGAGAACUGGUUCACAAUGACAAGCCGUUCGUUUGCUAGCCGUUCUCAUAUGCAAAUUGGCUGCGCUGCCUCUACGUAUCACCUGUGUGCCCCAAACACCAGGUAGGGUAGUACAAGUUUGCAUUCACAUUUUUAUCAUGUCUUAGUUUUAAUCAGUUACCUGUAGCCUGAGUAGUUUUUAUUGUGCCACAAAGAUUUUUAAGGUGAGGAAAAAAAAAUUCAAAAUAUUGAUCUCACUGUCGAAGCAUGGGGAUAAUCAGUAUUUCUGAAUGAUUCCCAUCCAUGUGUACCCUUGUUGACCUCUAAAAAAUGAAUAAAUAUAACAAUGAGCCAGUCUUUUUAAUGGCUCUUUGAAUGGAACAGCUCCUCAAGAUCUGGCUCCCUUCAAAGAGCCAUAAAUCUCAUCUCCAAUAGAAAACUUUAGAAAUCCACCUCAACCUCUGUGCGCAGAGAAGAGCUGUUGAUUCGUCCACUUUCCUUUGUCCAAAGUUAAUCUUGAUACUAGUAUGUGCACCACGUUUCAACACUGUGAGGGUGCUUUGAGAGACUGUUUCAAAAGGUGGGCCAUCAUUGUCAACAGUACUGAAGGAAUUGGCUCCAAUCCCACUAUGAUGAACAACUUUCCAUACCAAGUCACGCUAGACAGUCAUUUUCAAACAAACCCAGUUAUUGUUGUGUCUUGCUCUCAUUUUUUGUGUCAUAUUAUCCCCAAAAAAGGCAAAAAUCCCUCAUCAAGGAUGUAAAGGCUAAAAAGUCAACCUCAAAUUGGCUCUUGAGAAAUUUUAAGGGACUAAAAAAGGUCAAGACAAGAUGCUGUCCCCAGGGGCACAUCGGUGCCAGUAAAAAAUGUUCCCACCAUAGUUUUUUAUCAGACAUACAACUCUGAGCCAAAGGAGAUGACAUUGCUUGCCAAUUCUACGCUGCUUGAAGUGUAGAAGUUUCAUAUCUUUGUGGCUGUCAAGUGUUGAAGCUAUCACACUUUAAUGUAAGAAAUGUUCAUACUUUGUUUUCACACAGACCUUCUGGAUAAGAAGCCUUACAACAUAACAGUAACACCCCUCUUUAAUGGCAAGACAGGUCAUGGCACACAAGCUCUGCAGAUCUGCUCAAGGGUUGAAGGUAGGAAAUCAAGAUUUUUAUCAGAGUUUGUAAAAGUUGCUGUUUGUUUGGUUUUACCAGUCUUAUUUUGAAAUCCUUAUCUGUGCCGAUCUAGCAAAUGUCACCAUCACCAAUGUUCAAGCUUAUGACAAAAGCGCCACUGUGAGCUGGGAUGUGAGGUCACAGGAGGUGUGCCGGGGAGCUGUUGUCACUUAUACUGUCUUCUACAGCAAACAGAAAGAACCACAGCAGAGUAAGGACUCCUCAAACUUGUUUAUUCGUUUAAAUAUUCAUGUUUUUUUCCUCUCAUGGCAUUUUCUUUACUGUUUUUCCUCAAGAUGUUACUGUAGGUAGCACAAGGCAGUACAUCUCUUUGAAAGACCUGACUCCAGACACCCAGUACCAUGUUUAUGUCCAGGCUACAACUCUCAGUGGAUCUUCCAACAGCAGCGAGUGGCUUUUUAAAACCAAGAAAUUUGGUGAGUACUCUGCUCAGCUACAAUCAGGCAUUAUUUUGAGCCAAAGAUAAUGCUGGAGGACUGAAAAGCUUGGAGACUUUGCUGGAAAUAUUAUGAGUCAUGUUAAAGUUAGGAACUACAGUAUUCUUGAAAUAUCCAUUAUGUUUGGCUGCCAGUCAACUGACCUAGUUAAAAAUGCAUGGAUCACCUGUGCUACGAGCAAGCUUUGGCAUGUCAGGUGGAAUGUGACGUCAGAUAAGGAUCUUGAAGGAGCUGCUUUCCAAAAAGAAGAAACUAUCUAUCUAUCAAUCCAUUUAUCAGUUCAUUCCUAUGCCGUUCAUCUGUUCAUCCAUUCAUCCACAUUUUGCAGUCCAAACAAAUCAGAUAUUUUAAGACUGAAGCAGCAGCAAAAUCUGAGUCCAGACUUUUUAGAUGUAUUCUAAGACGAAAACGUGGAUGAAGUGUUGGUGAAGUAGAUCAACUUUUUUAUAUUUAUAUGCAAUCAAGAUUAAUUUCCUUCCAUUCACCGACAUUGAAACUUGAGGAACUUUAUCUUGAGUAAUCAAGAUGAUUUUUUUAAGCCUCCCCAUUGUUUUGCAGCCACCCAAAACCCAACAACAUUGCAACUUGUCGUGACAUUUACAUUAGUGGGAGGGAAAGGUUCAUGCACUCAAUGCAUUGUUUUUCUAUAAAAUAAAUGAUUGCAUAUCUUUCUGAACAGACCCUAGGCUCUUAACAGCUCUCCUCGUCUGUGGAAGCAUCACAGUGGUCCUUCUGUUUAUUCUUGGAGUAUGCUGUGCUGUUCAGUAAGUUUCACUCUGCUGAUAUGUCAUACAAAUACAAGGGAGAUAUAUGUAUAAAGAAGGUGGGAGCCAUUUAGUACAGAAUGUGCAUGAAGUUUAGCUCACUUUCCCCCUUACCAGUCAAAUACUUUUCUUUAAGGUGGAGGAAAAUCAGUGAGAAGCCGAUACCUAACCCUGGACUCAGCUCUGUGGCGUUGUGGUCAUCGGCAAGUCAUCAAGAGGUAAACUUGAGUGGCUGACGCAUUGAGAUAUUUUAGACUUUGAUGAUUUGUGACCAAGGAAGAAAAUCAAGCAGGUGCUGCUUUGAUCGGGUGGUAUUCACGGAAGAAAACCGUCUGCUGCUACAGACAAAUAAUUUCUUGAAUUCUGGUACAUUUUCCACACUGCAAUAAAACUCUUCUGCUCUUUAAGUAACUACUGUACCAGUGCCAUGAUAUUUAUUUGUUCUUAAAGAUACUGUGUGGAAAGGGAAUUUUUAGCAACAUCUAGCAGUCAGAGUCUAGACUUAAGAGCUCCUUUGCUCACCCCUUCUGCUGCUGUAGCUCUCUGGUGGGCUUUGGGGACAAAACACUCCUGUAAUAAAUGUGUGUGAAGUGUGAUCCUCCAUUUACUGCAUUAAGUUGUAGUAAUCAAAGAACCACUUUCUUCUUCUCCUUUGUCUUCUAACUUGUGCAUUUUGAGUGCCUACUUGCUAAAAACAUACAAGAAUGCACCACUGAGACAUGAUAGUGCAAGAUACUAAAUGCUAAAUGUUUCUUACUGUACCUUUAAAUAAUCUACCAAAUUAUCUUACAGGCACUUUCAAGAAGUCUCACCUGUUUUAUGUAUGCCAUCUGUGAUUCUUUAUUAUUGUGUGUCUAUAGGGAACAUUUCUGGUCCAGCCAUUCAGUACUCCACGUGAAAGCUGGUGUGACAGAGUUUACCCAGAGGAGCUUGAAGGAACUUUUACACUAUUGAAAGACUAUAAAGACAAACCAGCUAAAGACCGAGCGGAGGAAUUCACUGUCCCUCAUGUAGUUCCAGCACCAGACGAACAAAGUACAUACUCAGGUGAAAGUGUAGAGAUGCUGCAUCCGUCAUCUCCCGAAGAAUCCACAGAGCUGCUUCUGUCAGACAGCAACCAUUCUAGCGCAUAUCGAAGUCAGAGCUCAGAGGAAGCUCCUGCACGGAGGACUAGCAAACAAAAUGAGGGUGGAGCUGUGAAACAGCUGGAAAACACUGCACCACCUACUGUUUAUGUCACUCUGGACAUGUUGAAAGGCAAAGCACAGUUGAAAGAAUUGGAAACAAAAACGUAG